CGGGGCGACACACCGGAGCAAAGAGUGUCGACAAGCAAACAGAAGAAGCAAUAACAUGGUGAUCUGUGGUCGAGGGUGUCAAAGCUCACAGCAGUGGGGGAUGGAGGGACGCGUGACGUCAUCACAGUGAGAGAGCGCCUGUCGCAUGGCCAACCGAGCGUCAGUCAUGCUCUCGACUCCGGUGAGAGCGUAUGUUCUAGCGUUCAGCGACGUGCGAUUGUUUUACACCUGAAUGGCCCUAGCCAUCCGGAUUCUUAGUUCGUUCUUCGUUAUCAAGUGGCUGUAGAGUGACCGGUAGUGUUAAAAGUCGCAAAAUGUUGAGUUCGCCCAGCAAUCAAUAUCUUCGACCCGAGUACUUAACACCGCUGCCCACGACGCUGGAUGCGAAGAAGAGUCCGUUAGCGCUUUUGGCCCAAACUUGUAGCCAAAUCGGUGCGGAUGCCCCCAAUUCCAAGUUGCUUCAAAGCGCGGAAAAAUCCUCCAAGUCGAGCAAGUUGGAUGCACCUAAAGAAAAAAACACAAAUGUGACGGAGUUGCACCACAAAUCCACAAACAACGGUUUGCCGAGGGAAAAGUCCAGGUCUCCUGAGGAAAGAUCCAGUUCGGCUUCCACAGGAAGCCGCGUUCGCACUCCUUCGACUUCAAAGAGUACUCACUCGGGUUCUGCAAGUGGUCGAUGUGCUAGUAAUCAAAGCGCGACUUCGCCUCGAGCUUCACCUUCGGCGGCUUCCGAGCGCAAAACCCCAGCGAGUGACGGGAUUAGUGGUGACCAAAAUAAUUCCAAAUCGAGCGAACGGGGAAGUCCUUCAACCCCCGUUUCUUCUUCGGCGAAGACCGCCUUCACCCCGAAUAUUCUAACAUCCUCGUCGGACCCAGCCAUCAAGGAUCUACCACUCGGAACCUUCAAACCCGGUGUUCCUGUGUCUUCGGCGUUCCUUCCCGGCUACCCCGGAUUUCCUCUCCCCAUGGAUUUGAUGACCAACAGCUUGAUGUCGCAGCACCACGCCCUCAAAGCUGGAGGUUUGAGUCCCUACCUCAACUACGGGAGGAUAAAGACGGACUCGUUGCCCUCGGUGUGCAGAGACCCUUAUUGCACCGGAUGCGGCGUGAGCUCGCACCUUUUGGGGAAGACGUCCGCGGCUUGUCCGGCCGGGUGCAGCCAGUGCGACCACACCAAGCCGCCCACCUCCACGGCGUAUCUCGGGCAUAAUCCGGCGGCGGCCGCCUAUGCCCAUGCCCAGCUGGCGGCGCUGGCCGCCGCCUCCCACUUGCCCUACGUCUGCAACUGGAUCUCGGGGGACGCGGCCUAUUGUGGUAAACGGUUCUCUAGUUCCGAGGAACUGUUGUCCCACUUGAGGACUCAUACUAGUGUGAGCGUGUCCGAGAGUUCUGCACUGUCGAUGUUGAGUUCUUCGAGUUUGCCGCCCACGCACCCGUUGUUGCAUAGGACGUACCCGACGCCGCCUCUCAGUCCUCUGGCGACGGCGAGGUAUCACCCGUACAGUAAGCCGUCCCUGCUGCCGCCCUCGCUCACUUCCUCGCUGUCGGGGUUCCCGUUGAGUCACCCCGGACUGCCACCUUACUUGUCGCCUUAUUCGCUAUACGGCCCCCGGCUGGGGGCGGCUCCAGGCAUGCACCCGUAAAAGAAUCUUGUUCCAAGCCAAAUCUUGAAGCUGUGUUACGAUUGACUUUUCGACUAGUCGCACGAGAUUACCUGAUGGACUCGGAUAUCUGUCUCGGAAGUGUUUCUGUGUGGACGUGACUGUGUGAUAUUAUUUUUAAUAUGUACAUUCGUAAGAGCUGAUUCGUUUUUUGUAAAUAAUCCGGGGUUGCCCUAUAUUAUGUAAAUUUGUGUACAGGAUCUCAGUUUUAUUUAUUGCAUUGUUAGCACGAUCACUUGACGUCACGAUUGUAUACUCAUGAUUUUCGACCUUUUUUCGAAGUGCGUAAUGUUUCGUCGUCUGUGUACAAUAAUAUUCUUGUACAAAUUGUUCUACUCAUAUCAUUGUGUAAUUUUUUUCAAAUUUUCUUAAGCUGUUUUAUUGUUAACGAUUUUUAAAAUGUGUUAUUUUAUUUCUUUAUUUUAAAAGAGUAAAUUGCUGAAAUCUG